AUGAAGGAUCUUGGAAACCAAGUUUAUUGCAUCAAACUUAGAGAAACUAACCCCAACGAUAAGUUUUUCCCAAGCGUUUCCACAAUUGGUAAUCUCUUUUGUGUCGGCAGCAAAAUAUUGGACAUGGUUGUUUUCAUUGAGUAUGUGGUAAAGGAUGAUGAAAGAGACAAUGGUGGUAGUCCAGGGAGAUCUCUUAGCCCUGGUCGUCCUCGAAUCCCUCAAUACGACAGAUACAUCCCUACAGGUGUCCAACAUCUUAUGAACAAUGCAGGAGUCCAUCACCUUAAUCAUGAACGACGUGGGAGUCCAGAUUGGUAG